CGCGAUAGAAACGUGUUCCCUGCCCAGAAGAAGGGAAGGCGCGAGUGAGGAAAAGAGGUACUGUAGCUACACUUCUGGAAAAUUCAGUAUGGACAGUCUCCGACUUAGGAUUUUUCAACUUUAGGAUGGUGUGAAAGCGAUACCCAUUCAGUAGAAACUGUACUUGGAGUUUUGCAUUUUGAUCUUUCCUGGCCUAGUGAUAAUGUGGUACAGUACACUCUUGUGAUGCUGGGCAGUGGCAACGAGCCACAGCUCCCAGUCACCCAUGUGAUCACGGGAAUGAACAACCCAUCCUCUACUGUGUACUGUGUUGUCAGCUUUUUUGGAUAUUGUGUGUUGUGUUUUCACAUUCCAUCAUGUCUACAAAAUGUCCAUCAGUGUCUCCUGUUUCUGGUGAGAUGAAGAAGAGGAAGGCAAUUACUCUUGAAAUGAAACUCAAGAUAAUUGCCCAGCAUGAAGGUGGCAAGCCAGUAAUGGCCAUUGCACGUGAGUUAGGACUUUCGCAGUCCACGAUUUCAACCAUCUUAAAGGAUAAGAAGCGAAUCAGUGAUGCAGCGAAAUCGUCAGCAUCAGUUAAAUCCACUGUCAUCACAAAGAAAAGGGCUGGACCGAUUGAUGAUAUGGAAAAAUUACUUGUUAUGUGGAUGGAAGACCAGAUACAGAAGCGUAUACCACUUAGCCUACUGAUGAUCCAGGCUAAGGCAAGAAGUCUUUUUAAUAUGCUAAAAGACCGUGCCAAUGAUCCUACAUAUACACAGAUGUUUAAAGCAAGUCAUGGAUGGUUCCAGCGCUUCAAAAGGCGUCAUAAUUUUCACAAUGUAAAGAUCACUGGUGAGGCAGCACGUGCUGGUAAUGAAGGUGCCAUAGCUUUUAAGGAACGGCUGCAUAGGAUAAUUACGGCUGAAGAUCUUUCCAAUAAGGAGCUGAUUGCACUGGAGGAAGAAAGAGGUAAAGGAGUUGAGGCAGUGGAAGAAGUUACACCCACGGCACCUAGAAAGUUCACAGCAAAGAAACUGGCAGAGGCAUUUGCUGCUAUCAGCAGUGGCCUACAGAUGUUAGAAGAAAUGGACGUCAAUUACGAGAGAUUCACCACAGUUGACAGGCAGAUACAGGAUGCUCUUGCUUGCUACAGAGAAAUAUAUAAUGAAAAGAAGAAACAAGCUGUACGGUCAAAACUUGGUAUCUUCCUGAAGAACAACACUAUGCUUGCUAAACCAUCAACUAGUGUUGAUGUCCCAAUGCCUUCUACCACCUAUUCUCGAUAUUCAUCAGAAGAGAGAGAAAUUGAGGACCCUAUUGCAUCCCCAUCAUCCAGCAAUUAAUUCUAUUUCAGUGCUUCAAACAUUUUUCAGGACCACUGUGCUUUCAGCUGUGUAAAUUAAUGGUGAGUACCCAUACAACCAUUGUUUUCCACUUACAGUAUUCAAUAAAUUACAGGAGAUAUUCAACACUAUUAUAAAAGAGCCUCGUGUUAGAUGAUUUUUGUCCAACUGUAGGCUAAUGUAAGUGUUCUGAGCACAUUUAAGGUAGGCUAGGCUAAGUCGUGAUAUUCUGUAGGUGUAUUAAAUGCAUUUUUGGCUUAUGAUAUUUUCAAUUAAUUGGGUUAAGUGGGAUAUAACCCCAUGGGAAAUUGAGGAGCACCUGUACAUAGUAAAACUAUGCAAAAAAUAUUUUGUGUUCUUAAGUAAAAUGAUGUUGAGUUCUCAUCUCAGUUAUUAAGUUUUUCAGCUGCACUAAUGUCCAAUGGGACAACUCUUCAUUUUGUAAGGUUUUUAGCAUCCUAGCUUAGUAAAUUUCAGUAGUGCACCUCACUCCAGGCCCAUUAAUGUGACAGUGAGGUUCAUCUGAGGGUGACUGAUUUGAUACCAUCUCCACUGAGAACCACUGCAUUGUGAAAACACAGAUUAGCACUGUAUUCCAGGAAAGGGUUAUUUUUGGUUUCUUUAAAUCUUAGGCAUCUUGGUAAAAUGGAACAUCUCCACAAGACUAAGGGAAGACUGAGGAAUAGAGUUUUUGAACUUCAUGCAACUUUGUUUACAUCAAGAUUCAAAAUGACCUAAACUGUUUCAUGUGGAUGCUUGAAUCUUUUCUAGUACACUGGUGGUGGGCAAGAGGGUGCUGGAAACAGGGUGCAGGCAUAAGAUCUAAGAUGUGUUUUGCCUUUUUUCUGGAUGACCUCAUUAAGUGUAUAGUCAAAAUGUUUCUCUGAUAAGCCUAUACCUCUGUAAGUUGUUACUGCCGGAUAAGUGAUAACUGUUUUCCUUUCCCUUAAGAUGCCCUCCAAAUCCUUGGUUAUGGAAUAUUUGGCUCAUCCCAGUGCACUCGGCUUGGCUGUUGGAGUUGCUUGUGGCAUGUGCCUGGGCUGGAGCCUUCGAGUACGCUUUGGGAUGCUCCCCAAAAGCAAGACGAGCAAGACACACACAGAUACUGAAAGUGAAGCAAGCAUCUUGGGAGAGAGCGGGGAGUACAAGAUGAUUCUUGUGGUUCGAAAUGACUUAAAGAUGGGAAAAGGGAAAGUGGCUGCCCAGUGCUCUCAUGCUGCUGUUUCAGCCUACAAGCAGAUUCAAAGAAGAAAUCCUGAAAUGCUCAAACAAUGGGAAUACUGUGGCCAGCCCAAGGUGGUGGUCAAAGCUCCUGAUGAAGAAACCCUGAUUGCAUUAUUGGCCCAUGCAAAAAUGCUGGGACUGACUGUAAGUUUAAUUCAAGAUGCUGGACGUACUCAGAUUGCACCAGGCUCUCAAACUGUCCUAGGGAUUGGGCCAGGACCAGCAGACCUAAUUGACAAAGUCACUGGUCACCUAAAACUUUACUAGGUGGACUUUGAUAUGACAACAACCCCUCCAUCACAAGUGUUUGAAGCCUGUCAGAUUCUAACAAAAGCUGAAUUUCUUCACCCAACUUAAAUGUUCUUGAGAUGAAAAUAAAACCUAUUCCCAUGUUCUA